AUGAAUGUGCCUUUACGGCUUACUGAUGGGUUUGUCGGAGGCAUUUCAAUAGAGGUACCAUGGUUCUCUUUGGCCUCGGAAGCGAGCAAAAUGAAGGUUCAUCAGCUAGAGCUGACAUUCCAAUCAAGAGAAGGCGUAAAACUCGAUAAUAAGGAUCUUGUUUCUUCGAUGAUUGGUAGUGUGGUUGAAUCACUAGUUUCAUCUAGUGAUUUAGCCAGGAGUUUCUACGAAAAUGAGAAACAAGCGGGAGAAGAGGAGAUCGAUACCGAAGCCAGAGAUGGAGUAAAAGCUUUCACGAAGGUUAUUGAUGCAAUCGUUUCCCGAUUUUGUAUGGAAUUGACUGAAACUACCAUUCGAUUAGAAAAUCCUCCAAAAUCCAUGUCAGAUUUAUGCACUGCUAUUGAAGUCCGUCUCAAAGAAGUGAGUUUCAUGGACGAACAAAUGCGGAAUUGCCAACAAGAGGGCAGAAGCGCAGAAACGAUCACAAGUCAGCCUCAAGGAAUGGGAAGCAUUGCAAAUCUCAACAAAUUCAUCGAUAUGUCUGGCGUGGAACUCUUCACAGAUGUGUUUACUGAGAUUGAGGACCAGUAUUCUGAUCCCAACUCUAGUCAAAUCAUUACGAGUAUGUACAUAAGACGUGAAAAACAAAAACACAAAUCAUUAUCGUUUUCAAAUCACGAGUCUAUAUCGGCGGAUCUUUAUACCUCUGCACUGUCUUCAUCUACUGCCAAUUUUCAGUCGUGCUACUCUAAUCUGAAUGCGGGAGAUAACUUGAACCAGACCGCUGGAGAUCAGUUUCGGGUCGCCAAAGUAGACAGUGACCGGGAAUUGAUGUCUAAUCCUGUGAAAUUUGCCGAGCUUGUUGGAGAGUCUCGCAUGAUUUUUCGUAUCAAAAAUUCUGAUGCUGUAGCUGAUAAGAAGGAUAACAGGGCGAGUCGAAAUCGAGUCGUUCAUUACGGAUUCUUCUCUUCGAUCGCAUUACCACAAACUGAAAGAUUAAAUGAUUUUGGAAAGAAAAUGGAUAAGAGCGAUUACGAUGCCAUGGCGAAGAAUAUUGAAGAAGAGACUUUCCAAAGGACGAGGAUGACGGCUGCAUUGGGAUUACAAGGCCAGUUAGAAAUCAUAUUGAACUUCGUUCAGUUCACAAUUAUAGGAACAUGGAGCAGACGUGAGGAUUUUCACGAAUUUGAUUCUAUUAAUCUUGAGGACAAUCGAACAUCUAGAAACAUGAGCGAAACUUGCCGCGAAAACUACAAGACCAUCAGUUAG